AUGACGGUGCUCUCCUCCCUGCCCUGGGGCUGCCAGCCGCCCCCCGCGCGGCGGGCGCCCGGCCUGGAGGCGGCCAUUUCCGCCUGCGGCGGCGCGGGGCCGAGGACGGGGCCCGGCCCCGGCCCGCAGCACCCGCUCGGCGCCGCGCCUUCGAGCAGCGCGCUCCCGAGGCCGCCCACGGCCUUCGCCCCGAAGCUGCUGCUGGAGCUGCCUCGCGGCUCGCUGCAGGCCGAGGAUGGGGGCGCCAUGUCGGAGGUGAACUCGCUGAUCGAGCGCCUGGACAAGCUGCAGCGGAGGGGCGAGGGGGCCGUGGGACAAUGGUAG